CAUUACCAUGGCAUCAGCACGAUGCGGCGCAUCGGUUUGAUAGCUGAAAAUUGAGGAAACUCAGAAGAAAAUUAUUGUAUAAAGCACAAAGUGUGUCGUUUCGUGGUUCAAAAUACGGUUUUCAACAGCAAUAGGAAAAGAGUGCGUAUAUUAAGAUGUGCUGCAGGCGAUAAAAUUGCUGUUCCGUUUGCACAGUGUUUCCCAGUCUAGAAAGCAUAAAAAAGGCAACAGCAAAAAUACUUGGGUGGAGCUACCGAUCAUCCUAAGCAGCUGCUGCGUAAGCAAUGAAAAUCAACGAGAAAAAUCUGUGCCUGUUCGCCACUUCACCGCCGGUCGAUUUAGAGGGUUGGCUCAAUAAGCGGGGUGAAAUCAACAAGAGCUGGCAGCGGCGAUGGUUUGUGUUGAAAGGAAAUCUACUGUUCUACUUCGAGCGGAAGGGUGACCGAGAGCCACUUGGUAUGAUCAUUCUGGAAGGCUGCACCGUAGAACUAGCGGAGGAAGGCGAACAGUAUUGCUUCCAGAUUAUUUUUCAUGGUCCGAACAAUAGGACGUACUACCUGAGCACCGAAUCGCAGGGCAAUAUGGAACAAUGGAUGAAGGCUCUUACCUGCGCGGGGUACGAUUACAUGAAGCUGAUGGUGGCCGAGCUGCAGCGCCAGCUGGACGAAAUCGAAGGCUGCAAGGAGAAGACACCGGAGGCUACGCCACUUCCAGCACCGAAGGCACCACCCCGAAGGCAAAAUCCUUUCAACAGAUCCGCGGUUCCGGUGGAGUAUGCCUCCAACAGUGCAUCCGACAUCGUGGCGCCAGGUCCGGUUUUACCGCUAGUCUCGCCCCAGGUGGUUAGACGUGCGCCACCUCCUCCCACCGCGCCGAUUAAUUCAUUUUCCUCACCGGCGUUGGUUCAACCGCAGCUGGCGGCCGACGCGCAACAGGACGAGCCUGUGGGUUUAGGGGAUCUACAAGCUACAACCGGUAGCAACAGCGUACUAAAUGUUGACCUGCUAGCGAUCGCAGGUGAGUCCCUUGAGAUGACCUUCGCACGGAUGCACACGACACUGGGCGCACCGGUUCAGGCCGAUUUGCGUCAACGGAAACUAGCGAUGGAGAAGAGCGAACCAUCGCUCAUCAUGUUCUGAAUCGUAGUCGGUUGAAUGCUCGCGUUUUUGUUUUAGUUGAUCGUUUGAAGUUGUAAUGAUCAUUAUUAAGUUUUAUAUUUAUGAACGUAGGAUCGGCAGUCGGUCAAACAGUUAGGAAUUAGGCUGCGAGUGGUAACAAUUUGCUAGCUCUCUUUUGUGAUAGUAUACAGUAUCCUAUUCAUAAAACUACUAUGACCGGUGGCAACAUUUUUGGAUUGUCGCUUAUCCUUAACAUACGCUCAAAAACAAAAAACAAAAAAUCAUUGUUCUAGUGCAACAUAUCAUAACAUAGAGUUUGUUAGGUAAAUUUUUCAAACACACGAAGUACAGUUUUCUCGUCUUUUUUUUAAUGUUCAGCAGGCGAUCGCUGGUCUGUGUUCUGUACUGAUGUGUAAAUGUGCUUCAUUUUGAGUUGGGGUUUGCUGGAUGUGUUAAGUGUUACCUGUGCUGUGAAACAUUUUUUCUUCGAUCUGCCGGGUUGUAAUCAUCGUACUAAACUAAAUCCUAUAAGUUUGGCCUCUUUCAGGGCGUGACUAAUCUUAUUGUAAAAUUGCUGCAACCUUUGAAGUAAUUAGUAUCUCUAAAGCUGAACAUUAAUUUUAUGUUAGUUUGCGGCCUUGUUUUUCUCUGAGAGUUCGUCUCGAUUAGACUUUACCCAUGUGCGACCUUGGAAACAGAUACUACCUCUCUAAUUUCUGUAGCUCUAAGCGGCUCUAAGCUUCUGUGCAGUUCUUCACGAUAAUUGAUUUCUUUAUUUGGCACGAAGCCCACUUGUGGUUUUCAACCACAUUUUUGACUUUUACAGUGUCCUUGGCGUGCGAGGCAAACCACGGAGUCGACUCCUUUUUCUGGUUCUCUACUGAAGAUAGUUUUGACGGCUCUCUCUUGACGGCAUUCUGGCUACAUGUCCAGCCCACUGAAGACCCGCUCUAUUACCUUCACUAUAUCAUCAUGCUUGUAUACCUGGUACAACUCAUGAUUCAAGCGUCUGCGCCACACUUCAUCUUCUAGUUUACCGCCAAGUAUCGACCGCAUCAUGUCAUGUCACAAGCAUACCAAGAUAAACGAAUUCACAAACCACUUAAAAUCGUUUCCCAUCUAUCUCCACCUCAGCACCAACACCACGGGAACUUUUACAGUCUCUACCAGUUACCAUGUACAGUAACUGUUCGCUAACUGGGUGCUGUUUAACUGGGCUGCUUUUUAACUGGGCGUUUGCUAACUGGGCUAUAGCCCAGUUAAAAAGCAGAUGAACGUAAAAAAUCAGCGUUUGGCAUAUUGCUGUCAAAACGAGAUAGGGGCACAUGAAUAGUGAAUUGAGAUUGAUUUUUUCAGUUCAAUGGAUUUUGGUUGUCAUCACACAUGCGAUCCACUAGAUGUUUAUCUAUUCGUUUCCAGGUCAAAUAAAUGUUUUAUGAAAAGAAUAUGUUUCCAGGCAACGGUAAGUGCAUAUAAAGCACACGCAAGGCUAAUAAUUUAUUUUUUCUUAUUUUCUGUUCAUCAGUCAGGAUUCUUAGUGUAUUGAUUUGAAACAUUUUCAAAUUUUCGCUGAGAGUUUUGCCUAGCGCCAUUACAUCGAAAUCCCCCUCGAUAUUUGACGACAUUUAAAAUGUCAGCCCAGUUAGCGAGCGACAUUCGUUAACUGGGCUAGGCCCUCAGCCCAGUUAGCGAACGAACAGUGUACUUUGUUUUGGUAGAGUUAAUGAUCUUCCGACGUCUAAUGUUGAAGGCGAACCAUCAUAGGGUUGCACUACUGCUGUUUUACGAUGGGAGUGUCAUCAUAGCAUGUAUUUCAAACUUUAAACAGAGUUUUGUUAAACCAAUGCCGCUGCUUCCAGCUCCUUGAUUCUUCUGGCGUUGCGCCGCCACCUCCAUACUAUGACGAUAAUUAUCGCCACUAGCAGGAACACGCCGUCUAUAGCGUAUCCCGUCGUUUCAUGAGUGGAGAUACUAUUCUCAACCGCUACCUCUGUGUCGGACGAAAAGGGCCACAUCUCGGAUUACGUGUGAUAUACACUUACGGUUGCUUUUGAGUGAUGGCUUGGUGCGGCGUAUUAGCGUUGAUACUGCAACAUUGCGCCCGCAUUCAUUUUUGGUGCGCGGACUGCUUUUUGAGUCCGAGUCGCUGGUGUAGGCAGUACCUCACCUCUGCGUUCUUUGCCUAUCCUUUAACCAACACCAACUGCUGUGGCUGUUCUCAGAUCGAAAUCCAGUGUGGGAGGCGCCAUUCUUCUGAUUAGUAUUGCAGUUUUGGCUACUGUUUUUAAUGAUUAUUUCGACUUUCUAAGCGGUGUUUUAUCUAGCUGGUUUAUACUCAAUUUAUACUUUGUUUUUAACGCUUCGUACCUGGUGAUCUGCUCUACCCAGGCGUUUUUUUUUCUAAACGAAACUCAAAGGUUUUCAGAAUCUUUUUGUACUCUACUAAACUUUCUUCCACUUGCUGUUUUUUUGAUUCGAUACCUUCCAGCGUUAUUGGUCCACCUUUGCUCUUAUAAAGAUUUUGUAUAAAUUUUAUUGAUGACGGUUUCUAAACCAUCUAACUUGUUCAUACCUUAUAAUUCGCGUUCACUGCCUUCUGCAUCGUGUUGUCCGCUUUUACUUCCUUCUCCAUCUUCGGCUCCUCCGGCGUUUGGUUGACCUUUUGUUCCGUUGACGAUGACGAUUUGCUUAUGAAACUUGACUGUUGUGUGUUGUUGUGUUGAAAAGCAGCAACAGUUGUUCAGUUUAUUUCAUGAACACUUAGUACCUACUAGUAACAGAGUAAUCGGAACGUUCGGAUUAGAUUCGACGCGCGAGUUCGACGUUCAAGUUAAGACUACCUCAUGUUUCUCUUGUUGAUAUUUUGUUGAAUUUUCUCACCUUUUAUUCCACUUGUUGGCUUUGGUAAUUUUCCUACAAGCUUAACACCGAAUUCUUCCGUGGAUGAGAAGCUUUUUAUUAUCGCAUUCAAGUCUUUUUUUUAUGUAUCAUGACAACGCUCGUUGAUAUAUUUCCAAAAAUCAACCAUCCUAGUUUAGUCUGGAUCGCGAUAUGAUCAUUUUCUCGUCCCAUUCUUUAAUCCAUAGCUACAAAAAAGAUGGCUAUGGUUUAAUCCAAUCAAUAUUCUCGGACGCGCUUGAUUGUAAUCCUUAAUUGGUAGGUCUUUCAGAUACUGAUGCUUUCCGACCAUUUCGGCGAAAUUUAUUGACUGCAUAGAAUUGCAGAUUUUUACAGUUCUUACCGUUUUUAAUGUAUAUUCCUUACCGGAAGGUCCCUUUAUUUUCAUUUGAACAUUUUUACUGACCUCUUCUCGAGUUACAUUCUGUGUCCAUUUUAGCUUAAGCAAUUCUGCUCUUCCUUUAAGGUUCGUAAAUUUGAUACAUUUUCAUCUAUUGAAGUAAGGGAUGAUCCGGCGCUUAAGAAAGUAUGAGUUUCAAUUUGUUUGUUUCCAGUUCUCAGUGUGACCGGGAUGAUUUGAUAAAAGCGAUCUUGCUCUUUAUCUUUAUGAUAGUUGAAAGUUUCCUCUUGAGUGUUCGGCAAUGGAUUCUUCUGAGUAGUGUGAAUCAAACGAUGAUGCUUGUUAUUGCAGUCAUUUAUGCCACAUCUUUUUGCCAUUCGGCAAUUUUUCAUAUGGUUUGUGGAUAGUAAACAACCCAAACAUUUUUUGAGAAGGCACUGUCGCUUCUUUUUUGCGGACUCAUUUUUUUGAGCUUCUGACAGUCUGUUUUUUUAUGACUUACUGAACAGAUGAAGCAUUUUUAACCUUCUACGAUUCUAUCUUAUCCUCGUUCAGGUUAACGCCCUUACUGUUCUCUUUAGAUAUAUUUAUCAUUCUGAACUUCUGAACGGAUUGGUUUUGAUUUUCUUCGGAGUCCUCAGUUCAUUUAAUUUGCAAAUUGUACGGCAACUUUCUGACCGUUUCCUUAAUCAGACGAGGAUCGUUCAAAUAAAAUUGCUUUCCUAUUGCAUUAAUAUUGGAGUCGAGAUUAUCUAACGCAUCUGAACAAUCUAGCAAUGCAGUUUUAUUUUCUUUGCGUAUAGCAAUUAGAUCGUUGAUUAGAUCUUUAAAAAUCAUUUCUGUUCUUCCAAAUCGUUCCUACAAUCGUGUUAUGAUCUGAUCAACAUUAUCAGGGUCUAACAUCAACUGCUUAACACAUUUUUCGGCAUUGCCGUGCAAUACUUUUUGCAACCUUGUUAAAUUUUCUAAUUUAUUAAAAUCGUCUUCUUUAGUUGUUUCCCAAAAAAAUUUCAAUAGAAUCUCGGCCAAUCUUUGGCUAUUCCAUAGAAGUGCGGCAGCUCCAUCAGAGCCUGCCGUUUCAAAUAGAUUGUCCAGUUACCUGACGUUGCCGGACUUGCUGAGUAAUAAGUACUAGGACCAAGGCUAUCUAAAAACUCUUCAAUGAGAGGGAUGGGAAAUUUGUCAUCCACCGUCUUCGCAUUUAAUUUGCGGUAAUCUAUGACAACACGCCAUUUUUUCUUGCCGUUUGCAUCUAAUUUUUAAGGGACAAACCGAAUUGGAGACGUCCAUGGUGAAAUCGAAUGCUGACCUAUGCCGUCUGUCAACGUUUCUUUAAUUUGUUUUUCUACCUCGGUUUUGUAGAUGUGUCAGUGGGUAUCUAUUAGUUUUGUUAUGUACCGGAAUAUCGUCUAUUGUUUGGAUGCGGUGUUGAAUUUCCGGGAUACAAGAUAAUUUGUCGCAUUCCUUAUGAAUUUCCACAUUUCUGGAAAGGACUUUGAAUAUGUUGUUGAUUUGAUCGUUCGGAAUUCAUAUUGUUAGCUUCUGUCAAGUCUUCUACUGGUAGGGUUUUUGUGGGGUUAGUCCAUUUAAAGGACGUAGUGUCGCCAAAAUUAGUAGCUAACGCUACUGACCGUUUCUAAUCAGGUGGUAUAGUUAUUGCGUUGAUUCUAGUGUCUUUUUAAAGAAAGAAGUUACCUUCUUUCUGAAUGACAGGAAUAUCCAAAAUCACUGUUGAGUGUGCAUUAACCGUGAUUUCCGGUAAUCCCAUUGUUCUAAUUUUAAGGGGCAGCGUCUUCUGAAAGGAAAAUUAAUUGAUGGUUGGCGAUGUCAAGAAGUGCUUUCAUUUCUGAAAGCGACACGUAGCAUGCACAUUUUACGUUGAAGACGGUGAAUGCUUCGCACAGAAUAUCGAAAGCAGUCAAAACGUCUGCUCCUGUCAGAAUUACCAGACCACCGAGCAAUCACCAUCGUGGAAUUCUGGCUUGUGGAGUUUCUGGAACAGGCCUGUUUGUCCUAACCUAACAAAUAUAUAGUUCACUUUGGUCCAUUGAAUCACACCAUGAAGGUCUUCAAAAAGUCCUUCAUAUUCUGAUCCCGCAAACGUUUAGAUCCACGAGUUGGGGUUUUAACCCGUAUUAUGGCUACCGCUCUGAUUAAUGAUGAUGAUGCUCCAGGUUUUAUGAACUGGUAAUCCUUGAAAAUCUGAAACACAUACAAUAAGCUGAUGUUGCUGAUCGCACAAACCAUAUUUAUACUAAUGAACCACAAAAAGCUGAAGCUACCGAGGAAUCAGUCAUUAACGACAAAAGUAACCUUCCUUACGCAAAUCCUGUCGAAACUUUGCAGUACGUCUGUAUCGGUUUAUAAUGUAACCUUCGUUUGAUCAGUUGGAACAGAAAAUUUUAGCUCCUCAAUCUACAGAUGUAAAAUAAUAAAAUUGAUCAAGUGUCCAAAUAGUGAAAUCAUAUUCAAAUUCAUACCAGAUCACCAGAUGUUGGCUUCAACAGACAGGAAAUAGUUUUCAGAAUUAGUCAAAAUAAAGGGUGAUUUUUUAAGAAUUUGGUUUUUCUUUGAAAAAAAAAAAACGCAUAAAAAUUACAAAACUGUAUGAAAUCUUUAUUUGAGCUGACAAAUUGGUUUAUGCCAUUUACUUUCUAAAGAUAAUUUCAUUCAAAUGUUGGCCACGGCUACGUUUUAAAUCGUCCAUAGGAAAAGUCCAAUUUUGGGUCACUUUUUCGAGCAUUUCGGCUGGUAUCUCGCGAAUAACGCGUGUAAUGUUGUCUUCCAAGGCUGGAAUUGUUGUUGGCUUAUCCGCAUAGACGAGAGACUUAACGCACCCCACAAAAAAUAAUCUAGCGGUGUUAAAUCGCAUGAUCUAGGCGGUCAAUUCACCGGUCCAUUUCGUGAGAUGAAUUGCUCACCAAACUCAUUCCGCAAUAUGUCCAUUGAUUCGCGCGAUGUGUGGCACGUUGAUCCGUCUUGCUGAAACCACAUGUCAACAAGACCUAGCUCUUCUAUUUCCGGCAAAAACAAAUCAGAAAUCAUCGCGAGAUUGCGAGCGCCAUUGACCGUAACGUUGCGAUUUUGAUCAUCUUUGAAGAAGUAUGGCCCAAUGAUGCCUCCAGCGUGUAAACCGCACCAAACCGUGCAUUUUUCUGGGUGCAUUGGCGAUUCUUGUAUUGCCUCUGGUUGCUCUUCGAUCCAAAUGCGGCAAUUUUGCUUAUUAACAUACCCAUUUUCACCAGAAAUGAGCUUUGUUACAAUUUUUCGGUAAAAAAGUGGAUUUUCGGCAAGUUGUUUUUAGGCCAGAUUCGAUGUCGAAUUCCCAUGGUUUUUCUAAAUCUCACUUAUUGGCAAGCAAUCGAGAAUUUCCAUUUUAUGUUCAGAGACUGAAGGGGAAGUUUUUUAAUCCGGACAUCUCAUUAUCGAGGGUUUUCAGUUCUCUCUUGUCUUUAUAACAAAGAAGUAAGACCAAUUUGAUUUCCUCUCAAUCGGCAGAAACGUUAUCCGCAUUUAAAGCGCCUUUUAGCAAAUUUUCCUUCGUACUGAUCUUCCGAUCAGUUAUUAUUGUACCGAAUCUCUUCUCAGAGAUCGAUAUAAAUCGAAGAUCCCCUGGACAUCGAUGUUCCAGUUGAUCAAUUCAGUAGCCUUUCCGUCGGAAGGUUGUAUAUCUCUGACAAAGUCUAGCAACUUGCCAAGCUCGAGAGUAUUAGGCAUGGCCUCUAGGGUAUGGUCAGACAUUUUCACUUUGCGGAGAAAAAAUAAAAUAAAAACACUGGAAAUUUAUUCACUGUUUUUUACUAUGGGCCCUGGUGCCGAUUAAAUUUUUCUCUCGGUGCCUCGCUGCUUCGCUUCUUGGUGUAGAGCUGGUUUUUUAAACCAGUAAUUUUACAGGUGGAUAUUUUUUCACUGCACUUUUCUCAAGAGUUAUUUUCAGCACCGGUUAUACAAUUCCGUACUCACGACGAAGGUCCCUAUUCGGGCGCGAGUUAAUGAUUUUCGAAGUCGGAAUUACCAAUUACUAGGUGCCGUUGUUGUUUACUCGUUGGUCAACGUUGGUCUUUAUAUCUGAAAAAAAAAAAAACAGCGCGCAGCGUAGCCCAACCUUUCUUUACUUUCUUCCAUAAUCCAAUGUACGUGGCCCCUCCCACUUGUCGCGUUAGUCCCCUCCGUAGGUAUUCAAAACAAUCGCACGGGAUCACAUCAUUCAUCCGGUGGCUGCAAUAUACCUUACUUACUAACUUAGAAAGCCUGAAUGUGCUAGAAUCACAGAAAUCAAAAUUCGGCACACUGCUGUUAAACACAGCUAUUACAAGAUUCGUUCGACAACCGAUCAAAGUUUUUUUUGUUCAAUUGCGAACCACUUGCCACUUUAAUUUUUCAAUACUAUCACUCUCUACACUAAGAGUACUGUAAUCUUUAUAGUACACAUCUCAGUUUCUCAAAAAAAAAAAGCUUCAAAUGGUAGAAAUAUAUGAGAUGAAUUUUUGCAAAUCUUAAGUUUCAACCAAAUGUGUUCGCUUAAGCACAGAUAACACGGGUAUUUAGUUUAAUAAUAUAUUUGAACAUGUACAUUCUACUAACUAUUUAUCUUGUACAUGUACAUUCUACUAACUAUGCGAUCUUCAACCGUUUCGAAGCGUUUGUUUACUAAACAAAUGUCAGUCUGCUUGUGUGAUCACUGCUUUAUCUCUACGGUACGCAAAACUUGCGAUCACAAUUUGUGUUGCACAGUUCACUUAAUUCUACCUUCUUCCUUUGUAUUAUGCACAACAAUACACUAAAUACACUUGUGAAUUACACUCGUUUACGCAACUACUUUAUUUCGCUUGGAAAUCAAGUCGAAUAUCGCGAGCUGAAAUACCACAAUGAUAAUUGGGUCUUCUCCUAUUUUGCAGUCUCCUCUAGGCUGAGUGAGCUAAAAGUAAUUUUUGAUUUUCAGUCAUCACCCAACACUAAAAUAAAUAUAGAUUCAAUGGUCAAUGUGAUAAAUCAGAACAGAACUUUUUUGAAGGCUCCUCCGCAGAGUUGUAGAUUUGGUCACAAUUGGCAUAGGGUCUUUCUUUCUUCAACACAAAUGUCUGGUGUUCCACUUCAAUGAAAUUGGGUCUUCUCCUUUUGUUGCUCGCGGUUCACUAGCUCCCUUUCGUAGAGCUUCCAACGCUAAGACGGGGUCUUUCUUUCCGCGGACUUGUGAAUCGUUGCUUCAGAUUGUAAAUUUUACAAACAGUUCAAGUCUUCGGGCUUUUUUCUCCUUUGGAGGUUUGCCUUAUGAAGAGAGAAAUAUUCAAGCUAGAAAAAUAUUACAAGUUCCGGCCUUUGGGCUAACCAACGAGUAUAUUGCACAACUCAAAACUCACCGCUAGAAUAAUUCUUGGCUGAAUGAGUGGAAUUGUACAAACAAUCUGCUGGUCGCUCUCGAGCUGGCAGUGAAGUAAACCUCAAUGUUCAAUAUUAAAAUUCAGACUGAGAUAUGACUUGAUUUUUAUUCAACAAUUUCAAACCUUAUAUAGUAAAAAUUUGGUUAAAACUAUGUUCUGUAGGGGGUAAAGUAACUAAUACUAUAAUAAGAGCUAGCUAGGGAAUUUCUAUACUUGUAUAUCUUCUUAGCCCUAGCUUGAUUUACUGAACAAAGAUAGUGAUAUAGUUCUGUUUCUCGUUUUAUCCCAAAUGUACUGAUUAGAGUUAACAUACAUGACAAACUUCUUAAACACAGAGAAAUCCGAAUUUCCAUACAACACCAAAAUUCAAACAUCUACCUCACGCAUAGAUGAUCCAUGCACCACGCAUAGAUAAGCAGUUGCAUCGCAAUCUCUCUUUCUCUACUACGACGCACGCAUGCGUAUAUCAAACCUGCACUGUUUAUUUAAAUCUAAAAGGAGCGCGGAAAGUUAAGAUCGAACGGGAUCUCCUUUUUUCAUAUCCUUUUCAUUUCACUUUCGUUCUCGUUUGGUCUUAACUUUAUUCAACUCGCCUGUUUCUGAGUCAAGUAUGAAUUUCAAAUAAUGACGAUAGCAUACGUUGCGUAACACCUAUUUUGCAAUCUCCUCUAGGUUGAGUGCAGCUGGAAGUUUUUUUUUGAUUUUCAAUCUGGGUGAUGGGUACUAAAAUAAAUAUAAAUUCAAUGAUCAAACAGAACAGAACAUCCGUGAAGGCCCCUCCACAGAGUUGUAGAUUUGGUCACAAUUGGCAUAGGGUCUUUCUUUCUUCAACACAAAUGUCUGGUGUUCCACUUCAAUGAUAAUUGGGUCUUCUCCUAAUUUGCAGUCUCCUCUAGGCUGAGUGCAGCUGGAAGUUUAUUUUCUAUUUAUAUAUUUUACUAACUCUCUUUAAAUCAUAAUGUGAAAUAAUUGGUUUGACUCUAGAGAUUCGUUAGAAGAAUCGGUUUCUGAGCCAAUUUCAAAUCGAUCAGGUUGUUUAUACUUGUCGCAAUCCUGCGUUAAUUAUUUAAAAAACUACUCUUCCUCGUAUUGGAUAGUUCAAAAUGAAUGGUUCUUCUAAUCCACUCUUGGACUCGUGUACGGCGGUGAUUACAAAAAACAUGUCUUUCGCGGUGAUGUUGGUUCUUCAAAUAUGUCUGGCACAAACUUUAUCUAUCGUUUUCUAGAUUACUCUUUGUGGUCCUGAGAAAAAAACGAUGGGACAUUGUCUUUCUUAGGUGUUGAUGGAUUGGAGUACUAAAUGAAUCCAAUCGAAACAAUUUUCGUAUUAACUCGUCAGCUAUUCAUCAAUAACAAAAAAAAUUGCUGCGAAAAUCAUACACGCCUGUACGGGUCAAUAGGUAGACACCAACUGCCGCAAUUUCGAACGAUAAUCUGUCAUACCAAGCUCACCAAAACCAACUGCAGUAUAUACCAGCAGUAAUCCCAGAUUCUAUGGUAGAGUAGAGCGGGGCUAUACGUUCGUAUUUAGAAAUCCCAAACCAUGAGAAAAGUUACUCAUAAUUGCAUGAAAAAACAACAUGUUACUCUUCCUCACCUGACGGGAAGUAUGUUAUUAUAACGCGGUUGCCCGGAUUGUAAUAAAAAAUAAAUUCUUUAUUUCAAUGGAUACAAGUUUUGAUCACUAAGGGAGUUCGCUAAUAUAUUAUUAUUAUACUAGCGCAUAUUUAUAGAGAAAUCUCUUAUAUUGCACAUUUUAUUAAUGAACAAUUAAAGAAUUAGAAGACAAUUUUCUUAUGUGAGUGUAGUAAUUUCAAAAAGUCAUUAAUAGAGGCGAAACUUGUUUGUUUGAUGCAUUCACGCGUUUCGCUGGUGGAAAACAACGAUUGAAGAGCCAAAAAAAUUAGACCGUAUUCAGUUAAUUUUUUUCUACUUAUUAACAUCUUCUGACAGCUUCAGUGCUCGCUAUUUUGAUAGUAAUGAUAACUAACACACGCGUAUCCCAGAAAACCGGUGCCAUGCCAGCGGUUGACCCCCUUCAGUUCAUUAUCACGAUUGUUCUUUCGUCUCGGGUGUGAAGUGGUGAACUCACGUUUCGACAUUCUACAAUUCAAUUGACAAGUUAGGUAAAGCCUAGUGAAUCAAUUACCAUUCUUUUCUCUAUCGGUGAAUUUUGUCAUGCACCAUCGGCCAUUGGGGUUUCUAUUAAAAUACUACAAGUUGCAACGUUUCAUUUUCACCAAUAAUUGGGAAUAAAAUACUAUGGUUAUCAAAGUCUGGAAUUAAAUUAUAUUCGCGCACUAAGGCCAUACUUGUGAGGUUAUCACAACAACACUGUUUUGGUAAACAAUUCUCUCUCCAGUCGUUCCGCCAAUAGCAAUAGAGCAGAAUCAACUGUGACAAAACAACCAUGUUCAUUUGUUAUGUUCUACUUAGUUGCACGGGCAGUGCAACCAGUUUAGCAGAUAGAUAGAUAAUUGUUAAGUAGUUUAUAUAUCGCUAUUUGUUAUUCGCGUUACGCGACCUCCCCGGGCGAAGGUACGGGUUAACAAGGCUUUGUCACCGAACGACAGUUAAAUACGCGAGCGGAACCGAUAAUCAAGGCGGACCAAGAUUCCUGUUAGCAACGACUACCUGGCCUUUCCCGUUUCCUGCUAGUUGCCUUACUACAGCGAAGGCCUAUGCGUCUGGAAGGGGGAAAUAGGUUACGUUCUAAAGGAUUUUCUGUAUACCAUCAAGGAUCACUCUGGCCUGAUUAAGUCUUCUAGCUAGUGUCCUCGCUAAUGUGGAGGUCUAUGCUUCUUGAAGAGAAAUCAAAGAGUAAUCACUUAGUAAUAUAGGAAGGUUCGGUCCGUCCAAUGAAACGACUAAAUUCAGACUAACCAUAAACUUCGACUGUAUUCAAUCAAAAUUUCCUUAUAUACUAAUUUUACGCUUACAAUUCAAUAUAUUUACAAGUCAAUGUAUAAUACAGUCUUUAAAGUACGGCAGCGCGAGCCACCUGCCUCAAAACGCUGACCCUACGUAAUUAUUAUUUUGUUGCCAAUCGUUCUCCCUAUGAGUGCAUGGCUACUACAUGCUACUUGCGGGAGCAUUCGAUUGAGUUUUUUUUUUUUUUAAUACUCUAAUAUUUAUUUAGGCCCAACCGCAAAGCAUAACGGGGCCGAAUAUCUUUUGGAGUAGGGAAAAGCCAGCUUGAGUAGAGUCUGUAUCCCGACUGCUCCUCCUCAAACAGGCAUAAAAACCCUCUCAUCUUUUUUCUUUUAUAAAUACAAUUCAAAAAUACAUGUCUUUAAAACUUACGGCUAACAAUAACAUUAUUUUUCUCUGUAUGGGUAAAUAUCAAUUCUUAAUACUAUUCGUUGAGGUGUGAUGGUUCCUUAUCUCUUAGAAAUCAAAACUUAUAUAUAUGUUCGAUGGAUCAUGUCUCUCAGAAAGAGGCGAUGAUUCAUGUGUCUCUAAAAAGAUCAAUGAAAGAAAGAAGAAAAAGAACAGAAUUAGUGUGAAACUUUUUGAUGGAGGUUGUGUUAUAAAAAUAAGAAGAAACAGCGAGGAGAUAAUCAAAUUCGAUACUUGAUAUCUCUUAAAAAGUCAUAAAUAGGUAUUACAAGCGCGGGGUUGCGGCUAGCGAGCGCAUCCCGUACUUGCAUUGUGAACGUCACUUUCUGUUUCCGGAGAGAAUCAAUAAGCUUGGUCCUUGCUCUGUGGUACUUAGGGCAUACGAAGACUAUAUGAUCCAUAUCUUCGUACCCGCCACAUUCGCACAGGUUACUAUCGGCUAAGUUUAUUCGAUAAAGGUGUGCGUUUGCAACAUAGUGAUUGGACAUUAGGCGCGAAAUAACUCGAAUGAAAUCUCGAGUUAAAUCUAACCCUUUGAACCAAGCUUUUGUAGACACUUUGGGCGAAAUCGAAUGCAUUCAUCGCCCAAGAUCGUCUUUAUCCCAUUUUUCCUGCCAGUUUGCCAGGGCCAGUUGUCGAGGCAGGUGAAAAUACUCGGUAUAGGUGAUCGGUCUAUCAAAUAUAUCUCCUUCUAUGGCACCCCUUUUCGCUAAUAAAUCAGCUUCUUCAUUGCCUGGGAUUGAGCAAUGAGAGGGGACCCACACAAAGCAGAUAAUGAAAGACCGAUCAACCAGCACUUCUAAUUUCCGUCUAAUUUCCGGAAGGAAAUAGGACGGGUGCAUGACCGGUUUAAUCGAUCGGAGAGCUUCGAUAGAACUGAGGCUGUCCGAGAAGAUGAAAUAAUUACCUGGUGUCUUGAGCUCGAUAAUUCGCAGCGAAUUGUGUAUGGCAGCUAAUUCAGCUACGUAUAUGGAGCAAGGCUGUGCCAGUUUGCGGGAUAUGUGAUGAUCUGUGUUAAAAAUGCCAUAUCCGGAUUGUCCAUCCAUCACAGAUCCGUCCGUGAAAAAGUUGUUCUGUUCUGGGAGAUGGCCGAAUUUUGCCGAAUAUAUUGAUGGCACAACUGUUGGUUUGAUGUGUUCGGGGAUUCCCUGGAUUUCUUGUUUCAUCGUCAAAUCAAAUAUAACAGAAGAAUUGUUGAGCGAUGGUGAAAUCUCACGGUAUGGAGCAACAUCCGCAGGGUUUAUCUCCAUAGUCAAAAACUGCUGGUAUACUGACAUACAGGGUUUUUGAACAACUUCCAAACAUUUCGUAUAGUUCUCGAUUAUCAUUGGGUUUGCUAUCUCCGAUCUGAUGAGGAAACGAAGAGCCAACUCAUAUAGCCUCUCUUUGAGUGGUAGUACUCCCGCAAUGACCUCUAGAGACAUGGUAUGUGUCGAUUGCAUGCAGCCUAGAGCGAUACGCAAACAACGGUAUUGUAUCCUCUCUAGCUUCAGCAUGUGUGAGGCUGCGACACCUCUGAAGCAUAUGCUGCCGUAUUCUAUUACGGGCAGAAUCGUGGUUUGGUAGAGUCGUAUCAAAUCCUCUGGAUGAGCUCCCCAUGUGGUUCCUGUUACCAUCCGAAGAAAAUUAAUUCUCGGUUGGCAUCUUUGCUUCAGGUAAUUGACAUGUUUUUCCCAUGUGCACUUAGAGUCAUACCAUACUCCUAGAUACUUGAAGCUAGGUGACUGAGUGAUGGGUCUUCCGGACAGAACUAGCUCGAAGCGAGGUGGUGGUCGCUUUUUCGAAAAAACUACCAUCUUCGUUUUUUCAAGCGAGAACUCGAUUCCAAGACAACUGGCCCAACCGGUCAGAUUAUCUAGCGUAUUUUGCAGGCUGUUUUUCAUGUCUACAGCUAGAGUCGCCGUGACUGAUACAACGCAGUCGUCAGCUAACUGGCGCAUUGUGCAGCCGUCCGUCAAGCAUGUGUCGAUGUCACUGAUGUAGAAGUUGUACAACAGCGGACUCAGACAAGAGCCUUGGGGGAGACCCAUGUAGCUUGUUCGUGUUAUUGUUGAAGAACCGUGGUUGAAAAGUAAAUGCUUUUCAGACAGCAGGUUGGUCAAAAAGUUUGUCAAUACAGGGGAGAAUCCUCUUUGAUGCAGUUUCUCGGAAAGAAUUUCGAUUGAAACUGAAUCAAAUGCGCCUGUGAUAUCCAGGAAAACCAUUUGUUGUUUGCUGCCAAGAGCCAUUUCCGCUUCUGUGGCUAGCAAUGCCAGGCAAUUGUUAGGGCCCUUGCCCCUACGAAAGCCGAACUGGGUCUCUGAAAGUUGGUUAGUUGUUUCUGCCCAGUUGUCAAGUCUACGCAGGAUCAUUUUUUCAAGCAAUUUGCGUAUGCAUGAGAGCAUCGCAAUCGGCCUGUACGAGCGGUGAUCUGCGGCAGGUUUGUCUGGCUUUUUGAUUGCGAUAAUCUUAACCUGUCUCCAAGCUUCCGGAAUCAUAUUGUUCCUGAUAAGCUUAUUAAACAGUUUAAGGAAUCGUAGCUUGGCCGAGUCCGGCAGGUUUUUCAUCAAAUUAAAUUUGAUCCUGUCCGGUCCUGGAGCCUUGUUCUUCAAUAGCUGUUGUAUCGCUAAAUUUUUGCUGUGAUGGGACAGCGUCUGGGCAUACCUUUUUCGCGAAAUUAUAGAUCCAACGUUCAGAGUAUUCAUUAGCCUCAUUACUGUCCGACCUAUUGCGCAUUUUUCGAACAGUAUUCCAGAGAUAGCUCAUAGAAGCAUCUCUGGGUAACGAGCUUAUAAAAUUUUGCCAGUAUGAUCUUUUUUCAGUUUGUGUAGCUUAGACUGUUUUAUUUCCAGCUCCCUAAACUGAUCAUAAAGCUCAAUUGAACCACCAUUCCUGAUUGCUAUGUAUGAUGCUUUUAGAGCUUUUUUCAUCUCGGUGCAUUCUUUGUCCCACCAUUGCUUGUUGGGACGAACUUUCAACUUGUUCUCAGGGGCAGGUCUCUUCUGAGAUUGCAACGCGCUAUCUAGCACUAAUGUUGCAAGGAAGUUGUAUUCGUCGGAUGGAGAAAGCUCAUCCGUUGUUUCGAGACCCUGGGAUAUUGUAUUCGAGAAUUUUUCCCAAUCAAUAUUCCGGGUAAGAUCAUACUCUACUUCGACUGUGGUAGCAGAAUGGAGCCUGCUCUUAAUCGAAAUACUGAUUGGCAAAUGGUCGCUACCGUGGGGAUCUUGAAUAAUCUCCCAUUUGCAGUCAAAAGCCAUUGAGGAGGAACACAUCGACAAGUCUAAUGUGCUCUCUCGUAUUGGAGGCCUUGCAAUUCUCGUAGCUAACCCAGGUAUGUUCAAUAAGGUCAUAUCGAAGUCAUCGAGAAAGCUUUCAAUAAGAACAGCGCGGCUAUCAUCCCUGGGUGCGCCCCACGCCGUACCGUGAGAAUUGAUAUCUCCCAUGAUGAGGCGUGGAGUCGGAAGCAGUUCCGUUAUUUGUGACAGCUGCAACCGGUUAAUAACCGCUCUAGGUGGAAUGUAGACUGAUGCGACAGUGAGGCCCUCCGGUAAACAAGAUUGCUACUUUAGAAUUAUCUUAAGACUCUGAAAAGUUUCUGCCCUAUCCUCACGGUGAGUAAAUAGUUUGGUCUGACCCUUGAGGGCGUUUUCGUUUUUCAGUCAGUCAACGUCUAUUCGUAAGGCUCUGUUAACUAUGCUCAGAAUGAGAUGUUUCGACUUUAGUAUUCUCUAAAGCGGAAAACAUGCCGAUAGCUAAUCACUGCAAAUUUCUAUUGCUGUUCUGUGCCAAUUUGGAACGUUAUGCUCAGUAUGAGAAGUUUCAAUUUCUUCCGUCCUGGCUUUCCAGAACAAAUGACACUGGGAGAUUUCUUAUUUAAAGGGACCAGUCUUGUGAAAAGGCGAAUAUAUACGUGCAUAUUAUGGUGCGUUAAAAAUUAACUAAUUGCAUUUGUUAUUAUUUCUUUAAAAGUAAUAACGUUCUUACCUAGCAUGUCAUUAAUCUCUUCACAACUUGUUAAUGGCUGCUCAGCAUCAAUUGUUGGUGGUUGCGGAUUUUCACAUGUUGAUUCUUGCGGACUUUUACUUGUUGAUGGUUGUGGAUCUUCGAAAUCAUGCGUUGCUUCGUAUUCAUCCGUUCGUCGCUUUUUUUGUGGAACAUUUCUGCUAUGCGAUAUUACAGCUUGACAAGAAACACAAAUGUGCAUCGAUUCAUCCAGUUGGUGGUCAUAGGUGGUUGAAGAUAAACUGCGUGAACCCUUACGGCUUAUUGCCAACAGCUGCACAGCAUUUCGAAUAUUUCAGCCGUGAUAUAUCCUUUUGAUCCAUGAUAACAAAACUUAGUCGAACUUUUCUUCAUAAUUGCUAUAAGUUGAUUGAGUAGCGUUGUUAUUUUAUCAAGCUUUUAAACAGGUUCGUAACGUGCAUACAUAUCACAACAGAUACAUGCUUUUUAAUUUAAUUACUCCUCUCGUUCGCCCUUCCAUCACUUCUCCGUCUUUGGCUGUGGGGACCACAACUGGGUCCACAGCCCAGCAGCCCUUUAUGACUUUAUGACUGAAUCCGCUAUUAGGGGGAUCACCUUGCUGGCCGACGCUACCGGCUCCGCAAUCUGCUUGGGAGCAACGACUAGGCCACGCUCAGUGGUGAAUUUCUCCCGUCGAUAUCCAGCUGGGAUAAUUCCCUUCAAAAGAUUCGACGUUCUGCUUGUCGUAUGGGUACGUUCUGAUGGACCUUGUUCUAUCUCAGAGACUCUAACCAGAGCAACAUUUGCCAAACCCCUGUUUCACAGGGCCACCUUGCCACAUUCGAAGCACGCCCGGGUCUCCUUCCUGUUUUUCUUCCUGGGUUGGUAAUUAGCAGCUAGAUGGGCAGCCAUUGCCACGUUGGACCGCACAGGAUACUUUUGAUGUUCUUCUCUGUCCACGACGUCCAGGAACAGGCUCCAAAUGUCAGCCAGCGACAUAUUGGCCAGAUCAACCUGACGCAUCACGGAGAUGAUAUCCAGAAUGGUAGUAUGCUUCUCUGGGAUGGCGACUAGCAGUGUAUCCAUCUUCUCGCUUGCCGAGAUGACGUGACCUGUCUUCUCAAUCUCCUGGACGUACCGCUCGUGGGCCAUGAACAGUUCCAUGAGAGUACGCCGCAGUCCUCCAUCGGCGGGAUCCUCUCCAGGCAGUGUAGCAGCCUCCACUGCUUCAGGUAAUGGGUCACUCGCACCUUCCAGAAGGGAUAGUCCUUCCCGACCGCUCCCUUCGAAAGUGGGGAUCAUCCUCAUGCCUCCGUCGUCCUUAUCGGUGGUGGUUGUAGUUACCACCGUCUUCUUCGCAAACUGCACUAUUUUCUAUACUUUCCAGUAUGUGAAAAUAGAUCAAACAAUUACCAGAUAACCCUGCGGGCUUCUGGUGCCUUCCGAUGAAGACUUGCUUUUAGGUCUUUACCAAAACCAAAAACAAAACCGAGUUAUAGUAGUACAAGUACUGCCUAAACUUGCACUCAAUGAUGUACAUAUUAUCUCCUGGGUAUCAAAAAAGACUGUGCCCCGAACUAUAUGUUCACUGGACCCAUAACCUGUCGAAUCGACAAACUAAAUUAACUCUAUCUUUUAGUUCUGUCUGAUUCCAAAAGACAACUAGAUUAAGUUCAAUCUAACGGGUGUUAAAUAAAAAAUGAGAAUUUUUUCAAUCAUAUAUAUAGAAAAAAAUUUUUUUUCAUCGAUUUCAGUAUUUUUUAUUAAUAACAUAAUGUAUUUUCUUCAAAAAAAUAUCAGUGAAUGUUUGAGUAAGGGCCGUGGUCUGCUGUUCGACGCAACUUUGUUGCGAUGCUCUCACAAGAACGUUGUACGGCACUUACGUCCAUUUUCCGGAUACAAUUCCGGAAUCUUGUAGUCAGUUGCUUCGUACCCUUGGCCCUCCAAUUGUUUUUAUAUACUAGGGCACUGAGUGAGCCAAAGAAAUCCUCUAUUGGGCGGCACUGGGGCAAGUUUGUUGGGUUACGAUCUUUCGGCACGAACGGUAUCUUUUUCUCCUCAAGAUACGCCAGCGUCUUCUUGGCGUAAUGGGAAGGCGCCUUGUCUGGCCAGAAGACGUACUUCCCAUCCGAGUGAUGCUCGUUCAGGAACGGCAGCAGGAUUUUAUCGAGGCACUCUUCUUGAUAGAUUUGAUGGUUGAUUGCCAGACCGCUCGGCUUAAACCAAGGCUUUGAAAUGCCCCGGUCGGAAAUGGCGAUGUACAACAUAACCUUUUUUUCAAACCUGUGCUUGAACUUGUAUUUCACUUCAGGCGGUGUGGAUGACUUGUCGCUGGAGUAGUAAUUAUCAUUUCCUGGAAUAUGCGUUCUGGACAGCGGAAAAUAGGGUCCGAUGGAUCAAUACGUGGGAGCAGCCAUAUUUCCGACCGGCGUCACGCAGGCUGGUUGCGUCCUUGUUGUCAAACAGCUUCUUUAACGACGUCUUCCUCUGCUUCGUCAUUAUCGUCACCGGACGACCACUUCCGACCUUCCGCUCUACUUUCAGGGAACCCAGGAUACGAUAUACCGUACUAACAGGUACAUUUUCUUCCUUAAAAUGUGUCACCGUGAACUUUUUUCCUUGCUGGAAAUGCGUUUCGUAGAACCGUACAAUGCGUUCGCGGAGCACGUGCUGUUUCGACGCCAUCUUUGCUUUGACUAAUUUCAAACUAGCAAAACCAAACACGCCUACUGUUUCUAGGGAGCCCAAAGAGCAAUUUUCUUGGAGAAAGAAAAUUUUACGCUCUGUAUUUGAGUUACUGAAAGGUAUUGAAAAAAUUCUCAUUUUUUAUUUAACACCCGUUAGUAUCUUAUAUCUAAAUACCGUACAUGGUCAGUUAGCGAUUGCUAAAGUGAACACAAUAUUAUUGUUCCGAGUGCUGCUACGCACCUUUCCACAGGCCUAUACAGUACGCAACUCGGUUAGACAAUUUGUCAUUCUUUUGUUGAAUUCUUCCAUCUUUCAUUAGAGCGGAUCAUCAUUAUUAGGGUGGUGCAGGGAUUGAUAGUUGAACACGAUGAAUGUUUUUUAUAAUGACUUCCUUUUUUCUUGAUUUAAUCAUUCGAAUGCUCUAGCUAACUGGUAGUAUUCACCUGAAGAUUGUUUUUGUUUUGAAAGUAAUGAAAACUAUCUCUCAGGGGUGAAGUGGUGGACCCAUGUUUCGACAUCCUAAAAUCUAUUUAACAAGUUGGGUAGAGCCUGGUGGAUCAAUUACCAUUCUUUUCUCCAUCAGUGAUUAUUGUCAUUCACCAUCGGCCAUUGGGCUUCUAUUAAAAUGCUACAGUGGGAUUAGAAUAGUAGAAAUAAGAACGGUCCGAGUUUGCGAAUAACAAUAAAUGUGCAUUAAAAACUACCACGAUUAUUUUUAAUAACUAUGCGAAAUUAUUUAGACCCAAAUUUUUUUUAUUAUGUGUUUCUGAAGGAAUUACACCCGCUUUUUUAAGUAAAAAAACCUCAACUCCAGCUUUUGCAAUGUGCUGGGUGUCAAAAAGGAAAAGACUCACUCACCCGAGUAUCCUUGGAACAGAGCCGGUCAUCGUCGUUGACAUCUCACCUUUAAUUCUCACUAUGUAACUUCGGUAAUCCACAGUUGUCUGGCUGAUUGUUGAUAAGUCACUUACUGCCUGUGUUUAUAUUUAUUCCUCGUGUUCUUUUUUUGAAUUGCACAACUUUAAAAGUGUCUUCUAAUGUACGAUCUCACUCACUUCACAACUGUUUAGCUAAUUAAUAUUAAAUCGCAAAUUGCGGGUUCUUUGUUCUUUUUUUUCACACCUCCGUGAUCCUUUUCGAGGGUUCACGUGACACUACGACGGUUUAUAAGUUCUGUAAAUUCACAUAACUUUGAGCUCUACUUUUUCCCCCUUUUUUAAACUUUUUACUGCAUAUACACAAACUUUCACUCGUUCUUGCCACUGGCCUACCAAACUAAAUGGCGUAAGUUCUUUUUACGCUAUCACCAAGUAAUGUAGAGUAUAUCCUACCAGGGACUUCUUCUUCUAGGUGUCCCUGUACGCGCAAUUGGCGCGGAAUUAAAACCACCAGAUUAACGUGGACUAACUAACUUUAUUUCUGUACAACACUACUUAAAAAUACCCUACAGGUAACUCAGGGUGAGAGGCCUUUCUCCCCUUCGCCCUGGUCACCACAUACCUAGCUGCAUUACUCUAACCUAUUCCACUCCUCGGUCUGUCUCUUUUUUAUGCCUAAUUUUUAGUACAGAUAUUUAACUGCUUGAGAGCGCUAUAGCAAGUGCUCCAAAACACGUGCGCUAUCGUGAGCGCUAAGAACCCGCGCGUGAGCAUGGGCGACGCUGAGCGACGCUACCGUUUGUCGAGUUCUUUUUUGUUUAUUCAAUGCCUCGGUAGCUUUAGUGACUACUCAUCGCGGAAGGGAAAGUGUUUUCGCCAACGUUUGCAUAGCAGAACCGUUCGCAAAAACAAAAAUGGUUUUGUUUUUGGUGGGCAAUGGCAGACGGCCAUGUCCCGGUUUUACACUCUACCUGUUCUCAUUUCAAACAACAGAAGGCUUACUUUCUUUCGGACUAAGCAAAAAUGUACCUAUGACAAAAUUCUGCGUGACGGAACAUAAGGUAUUUUCUACGCGGGGUGUGACGUCACACCUGCAACAUUAUCAAUAUAGAUAAGUUCGAUUUCAACUGAGAGAAGCCAAAUCACUUACGUUUAGUGUUUAAGCCGGUUUGUAUUCGCUUCGCCCGUGCGACGCGGGGUUGAAUUUACUGGCCGCUUUCGUAGUCUUUAUUCACUAUAUUGUUGAGACUAGUUACAAAUGACUUAUGCUACUCAUACAUAUAAUAUUCCAAUCUAACUGGUCUCUCCUAGACCAUACGCUUGCCUUCGAUAGCGUGGACCUAAGUGGAGGAAGAAUGCUCUAAACGCAGAAAAUUAUCAAAACUCUUCAGGUCUUGAUUGCAGCUUGGAGCGAUAAGUAUGAAGGAAAAGACGCUACUAAUCUUAAACUUUUAUUCCGAUAUGUAUAGUACAACGUAUAAACUUUAAAUGGAAAUAUCAUUUUGAGGCAACUUCUUUUAUACACUUAGCUUUCUUCUUAUUCUUAAUUAUUAAAAACCGCCACCAAUCAGCGUUGUUUGUGACGGGAGUGAAUCAGCCUACUGCCACUUCCCCUCUUGUUGGUGGCAUUACGUCAUUAAUGCGACACGACACUCGAUGUGUGUUGAUCAGCUUCGCUUCGUUCACACCACACAUUGCGUUGUAUGAAUUGCGGCCCACAAUUUGCGGGAGUGUCUUGCAGGAUGAAUGGGAAUGGUUAAUGACUUUAUAGGAAAGGAAAUGUUCACUUCGUUUGCAUGAUCCAUUGCGAACACUAACCAUUGACCGUGAGACUGUUUAUGUUUAUGAAAUUUCGUUUAGACUAAACAAUCAGAAGGAUUGCUCAGACAUAUGAUUAUGGAUGGUCUGAUUAUGCUGACUUGGUAAUCAGUAACCGGCUAGAAUAGAGAUCUUUGUUUAUGAUUUCUGGAAAUCGGUGAUGCUGCUAGCGUGGCCUCUGAUUGGUGUCUAAGUGACGUUUAACUCCUGUUACAGCAACGAUUGCAAACUUAAGCUUUACGAAAUCUGUCUUUGCUUUCUCUUUUUUUCGCUCUGCGAAGAACAGUGGGUAAAUCCCACAUCUGACACCACAGAUGAAGUGACACCGACCAAAGUUGGAAUUUCUGCAGCAACCGGCAAACAAGAUUGAUACUUUGGAAUUAUCUUAUUAUCUUAGGACUUUAAAAAGCUUCUGCUAUAUCCUCAUGGUGAGCAAAUAGUUUGUUCUGACCCUUGAGGGCAGUUUCGUUUUUUCAGUUUUCGACUAUGGCCUUCGAAAGGCUUUGUCAACUCUGCUCAGUAUGAGAAGUUUCGACUUUAGUAUUCUCGAAAAACAUGCCGAGAGCUAAUCACUGCGAAUUUCUAUUCUAAAGUGCAACGUUCUGCUCAGAAUGAGAUGUUUUUAUUUCUUCCGUCCUGGUUUUUCAGAACAAAUGACACUGGGAGAUUUUUUAUUGACAUACUUAUUGAAACACUUUCGGAUUAAUGAAAUAGCACUGAGUUCAUUUACACUUUAACUUUUAAUUAAGAACACUUUCGUUGUUACAACUUGGAAAUAAACACUCAACAACGAUUGAAAUACACACUACAUCGAUUUAAAAUACACACUGACCUAGCUUGCGCAAAUGCGCGGUAUUUAUACUGAUUUAGUAGCGGCGCAGAAAGUUCUCGUUCCUUCUAUCAGGAGUGGUGCAGCGCAGUCGCUUACGUGUUAUAUUCCAUUCGGCAGGAGAACAUUCCAGAAGCGUUAUAAAAUGUCCUUCGAAGCGUUCCUUUAUUCGUAAAGAAUUAUACGAAUUAUACGUUGGCGUAGUAUACCCAAUAGUAUACCUAGCCAACUUGCUGGGAUAGAGAUAUCUAUGUUUAUGAUUCCUGGAAAUCGGUGAUGGUGCUAGCGUGGCCUUUGAUUGGUGUCUUAGUGACGUUUAACUCCUGUUACAUUAGCGAAUGCAAACUUAAGCUUUACGAAAUCUGUCUUUGCUUCCUCUUCUUUCGCUCUGCGAACUGUGGAUAAAUCCCACCUCUGACACCACAGAUGAAGAAACACCGGCCAGAGCUAGAGUUUCUACCGCAACCGGCAAACAAGAUUGGUACUUUGGAAUUAUCUUAAGAUUCUAAAAAGCUUCUGCUCUAUCCUCAUGGUGAGCAAAUAGUUUGGUCUGACCCUCGUUUUUUCAAUCAACGUCUAUAGCCUUCGAAAGACUAUGCAACCAUGCUCAGUAUGAGGAGUUUCGACUUUAGUAUUCUCUAAAGCGGAAAACAUGUCGAGAGCUAAUCCCUGCAAAUUUCUAUUGCUGUUCCGUGCUAAAGUGCAACGUUAUGCUCAGAAUGAGAAGUUUCAAUUCUUUCCGUCCUGACUUUUCAGAACAAAUAACACUGGGAGAGACCGGCAUUGAGUUCAUUUACACUUUAACUUUAAAUUACGAACACUUUCUUUGUUACAACUUGGAAAUAAACACUCGACAAAUGAAAUUUCGGAGAAAUUCCGACCGAUGUCUUUUUUUUCGUUUUUUUUUCUCGGCUAGAUUUGCGUGUCUUUUUUUAGAUGAAAGUGUUUAACGAUUUCUGAACUGGAUUGUAGUUGUUUUGGGGGUUCGAAAAAAGCUUAUGGUCAGGAGGGGAUGUUUAUAAUCAGCUUUGAGUAGAUAAACCCUGUGUUCCUCGGGUACGUUUCCACCUGUGUGCAAUUGCUUCUGAGGAACUUUAACACCGAAACCUUCGGUUGUAAAAUUAUUUGUCAUAAGUUGACGCAUGAUAUAUUCGUUAUAGUUUUUGUCUUCAAUUACAAAGCGGUGUUCUAUUUUCUUAUUACUUGGUUGGUUCUUUACCAUCUCGUAUAAAACCUAUCUUAGUUUUGUUAGUUUCAUGAUCGACUCGUUAAACCCUCUAGAACACUCUUCCGUUCCACUUAUAAGGAACGCAUGCGGUUGACCUAUGAGCAGCAUGGAAUUCGGAAUACCAAGCCAACAGUUUGAUCGAUAACGUUUGAAUUGAGUGUGAUAAAUUUCCCAUGGAAGGUAAUUAUAUUAGCUUAUAAAGAAUAGCUUGAUAACAUAUCCCUGCAUCGCUCCGACUGCAUUAGUCGUCUUGUAACUAGUCGAACUCGUGACUGAACUCAUCGUGUUCUUAAAAUUUCCGUUAGCGUUAAUCGACGUUGUAAAAUCCGUGACUUACCGUUAGCGUUCGCUCUAAAGUUUCUUUAUAACUAAUUAUAAGUAAUUAUAUUAGCGUCGCCUCGGAGCUCAUUUCCUUCGUGGAGGAAGGAAAAUACGAAGCGCCCUGCCAGUCGUUACCAUCUAGAGUAGAAUAGUUUACUGUAUCACACUGUAUACAUUCACUGUAUCAAAUCUCGACUUGAGGCUUUCUUUAAUUGCGCUGACGGAGUUGACGGAAGCCAACCCGUUCGCAUUAAUAAGACCUUAUGUUCUCUUAGCUAUCCGGUAAGACGAACUGGAGUAGACCAGUCGCUGCGGAAUGCUAAUUAAUGAUUGUAGGUUUCUCAUUUUCUGCCAUAGUAUUAUUGGCUCCUUGGAGAUUGGUAAAUUUUCCAACUUUUAACAUUUUUUUUGUUUCUGUAUUUGUCGAGUUAGCUACCAUUGUUUCAAUAGCAGCUUUUUGGGACCAUUUCUUUGCUACUUUGCUGGGGAUUUGCUCUCUAAUGUAUGUGUCUGUUAGUUUUUCAGCGAGUAGGUCUACUCCUCUUUGAUGCAAUCACUGGUCGAUGAACCAAAUGCUUUACCAUAUGCGAUGACAGCCUGUAGUAUUUUGGUAUCAGUCUUGUUAGAUAUCUGUCAUACUAACUUGUUCUUUUUUAGUGAAUCGGUAUCCAAAGAUCCACACUGGGUCGGGUUACCGCUCUAGGUAUCACCACACGAUCUGAGCUCAAUACUUUCAGAGUAACAAUUGGGCAAACGGCAGCCACGGAACUGUUCCUACAAAAUUUAGCUUCCAUUGCUGCAAUUUCUAUUCUACAUUCACGGUCGCCAUGAGGUGUAUCUGACCGAGACGUCUCAAGUAUAGGCAAUUUUGUCAUAUUUUGUACGCGCAUACGCGUUGAUGUCUCUAUUGGACAUCUUUAUUAUAUGAGUUAAUCUAUUCUUCAUAUCUAAAUCAAUGUAUAUGACGACCGGUUACGGUCGCCAUGUGUAUGAUACAUCAACUCUUGCUCUCCACUCGACAAAGGAAGGAAAAACGUUUCACAAUCAGCACAACACUUCUUAAGGAUAAACAACCUCAACAUAUCUAUGUCUGAAGAAUGUUUGUAUUCAACAAAUCUGUCAGUAUCUCUAUCCAAUCAAAUACUAGUAACCGUCAAUCCGAACUGGUAACAUAACUAAGUAACAAAGAAAAAAAGCAUUAAUAAUAGUUGUAAGCUGUACACAUCAUUUUGUGUUCAAAUCUAAACCGCCAUAUAAACAUCUAAGUUAUUAUACAUAGACUAGGAAAAUUAAUCCUCGUUAACAUCCAUCCUCAUUCGGGUACACGUGAGUAGCGCUCGAAGGCUUCAUUCCAUUUGUCAGUUCUAAAACCACUACUAAAGCAUCCUUUGUCUAUUGUUUUUUCAUUCUGUUGUGCUCGUGUAAUCAUCAAUGUUUCCAUUCCAUUCGUUGUUGGUCAAUUGGUUGCUGGCGUAAGCCAAACAAAUCGAAAUCAGGAUAUCAUCCGCCACUGUCCAGCUCAGGCUCAGAUGCAUCCCCCUCCCCCGCUGUGUGAAUGUUUUAUAUGUUAUUAACCACGCGCCAGCGCCAAGGGUACGCCUCGUUGUUCAGCUAAACGCACAAAUAAUACAGCCCAAAAAAAACCGCUAGAACAACAGCAAUUUUGUAGUUCAGAGCUCAUCCUUCCCCUUCAUACAGUCGCAUUUUUUCCAUCGUCUAUUUUCCGUUCCAGCAGCAGCGAAACGGCAUCGCAAAAGAAAACCCCUUGAGUCACACUUUUGAAUGUCAAUCAGUCAGUCAGUUUAGUUAGAGAGUGGUUAGGGAAACAGUUAAGCGUGUGCUUUUUCCCUUUGUUUACCUCUUUGUUUUACUAGGUUGACAUAUGCAGCGUACAAAUUACGAGUGCCAAAUUCGAGAUAGACUGUGUAAGUUUGCCGAAAAGAACAAAUUAAAUUGGAUUUUUUAUUAUAUAUGUAGUAGUUUUUUUUUUUUAAAUAGUUUUUAGUGCUUCGUUAUGCGUCACUGUUUGUAUCACUAACGUGUAAUAAAUUAUUUGUAAAUAGUAUAUUAAAAGAUA